AUGCGUUCAAUUAUCGCCCACACCAAGACUCGUGCGUCAACUAUUUGACUAUAUCCAGGAGCACGAAUAUAUUGGAUUUCUUCUAUAUAUUGAGUUUUAAUUUAUCAUAAAGUGAUAUGGGGAAAAAGAAAAAAAACGACGACGAAGGGAAAAUAGAAAGUGAGGAAAAAAAUGAGGGCGGCAGAGAUAAAAAUAAAACAAAAGCCCAAAAAAGAGUGGAUGAUGAAAAGAGGAGAAAAGAAUCAUUUAAAAAUUUUGUGAAAGAAAGAGAACAAAAAGCAAAGUUAAUUUCUAGUGCAUUAUCAAUUGAUAGUUCUAAAAGUAACUCAUCGAAAAUAAUUUUCGAUUCGGACGAUGAAUACAUUCCUCCUCCUUCGGAGCAAGUAAACGAAUCCAAAAAUAUAAAUCAAGAAGAGGGUAGUGAAAAGAAACUUAGUUUAUUCAAGGAUGACGAUGAUUCUGAUUCAGAAGAUGAUCAUAAAUUUGAGCAUAAAUCCCAAUUUGAGGGAAAGUCUGGUCAAAAACUUAUGAAACUUCAAGCUAAAUUUAAAAAAGAUGAAAGAUUUACAAUUGAUGAACGAUUUAAAGAAGAUAAUUCGAGCGAAAGUGAGCCAGAAGUUGAUAAACAGAAAAGUUCAGAUCUUUCCAAUGAACGUCAGGCAUCUUUAGCUAUAUUAGAAGAAGUUAUGCAAAAAAAAAUUACUGAUGAUAAAAAGAAAAAAAUUAAUUUCAAGGAUACGGCUGCGAUGCGAUAUGAUCCAACUCAGGAUAAGGAAGAUAAAAAAAAAAAGAAAAAGGAAGAGAAGAAGAAAAAAUCCAAAAAAAGUAAAGAAGGUACAGAUGAAGUGAAAGUAGAAGAUGAUAAAAAAGAGUUAGAUGAAGUGAAACCUUUAACACAUGAGGAAAAAUAUUAUAAGCUUGAAUCGUCAUCCUUAGCUGAUGCUUUUAAAAAUACUGAGAAGAGUACCUCUUUUUCGCUACUUGCUGCUUUCGGAAGAGACAAUGACGAAGAAAAUGAAAAAAAAGAUAAUGUUGCGGAAACUCCUUUAGUGAAAAAUAAAGUACAAAGCACUGGCAAUGAUAAGAAAUUCGACGAUGAAAGCUCUUCAGACAACGAAGGAGAUGAAUGCAAGAGUAAACACGUGGAGGAAACACCCCCAUCUAACUCAAAGAGUACUUUUUUCUUAUGGUCAGGGGACUCCAGACUUAAAGAAGCCAAUUAUUUUGCUACACGCGAAGCAUCAAAUAACGAAGAUUGGAAGAAUAAGCGAACAGAGCUUGUUGAUCUCUACCGUAAGAAAAGGAAAAAAGCAAUGAGAUUGAGAAAAGAAUUUCAGUCGAAAAGGAGAAAAUAGAAAAUUCCGACAAGAGAAUUCUGGUUUUUUCACAUAUUAUUUAAACUGUCUAAUCGCAUUUAAAUAUUGUUAAAUUGUCACAGAUUAUAACUUUCUUAAGUUCUAAAAAAAUCCGUUUUUUUCUUUUCUAAGUUAUCACAAACACUUAGUUAAAUCUUACACAUUGUAA